ACACUUUCCUUAGAACCUAUUAUCAAGUAGUAAGGUUAGAGAAAUAAAAGAGAAGAUAUCAUCACACAUAUAGAGGAGAGGAAAACGACCCAUUUUCCCUGAGAGAAGAAAGGGUAGAGAAAAUUAGAUAGAUCACAAGUAUAAAGGCGGUGAAAUAAAAGAGAAAGAAAACAAGGAGACAUGGGAAGGCCACCUUGUUGUGAUAAAGAAGGGGUCAAGAAAGGGCCAUGGACUCCUGAAGAAGAUAUCAUAUUGGUGUCUUAUAUACAAGAACAUGGUCCUGGAAAUUGGAGGGCAGUUCCUACCAAGACAGGGUUAUCAAGAUGCAGUAAGAGUUGCAGACUUCGAUGGACGAAUUACCUGAGGCCAGGAAUCAAACGGGGUAACUUCACAGAACAAGAGGAGAAGAUGAUAAUCCAUCUUCAAGAUCUUUUAGGAAAUAGAUGGGCUGCAAUAGCUUCAUACCUCCCACAGAGAACAGAUAAUGACAUAAAAAAUUAUUGGAACACUCACUUGAAAAAGAAGCUCAAGAAAAUGCAAACAGGUUGUGAUGGUACUUUGGGAGACGGGUUUUCAGCAUCAAGGCAAACUCCUAGAGGUCAGUGGGAAAGAAGGCUUCAAACUGAUAUUCAAAUGGCAAAGAGGGCUCUCAGUGAAGCUCUUUCACCAGAGAAGCCAUCUUCUUUAUCUGCUUCAAACCCCUCUAAUAGUAGCUCCUUCUCUUCCACCAAACCAACCCAAUCUUUGUGCUAUGCUUCAAGUGCAGAUAACAUAGCUCGUUUGCUGAAGGGUUGGAUGAAAAAUCCACCAAAGUCCUCAAGAACUAACUCAGCUGUGACUCAAAACUCCUUCAACAACUUAGCUGCCGCCGGAGCUGAUACUGCCUCUAGUGAAGCAAAGGGAUCAAACAGUGGUGAAUUGUCAGAGACUUUUGAGUCCUUGUUUGGCUUUGAUCAGUCUUUGGAGUCUUCAAAUUCUGAGUUCUCUCAAUCCUUGUCACCUGAGGCGACUGUUUUGCAAGAUGAAAGCAAGCCUGAUAUUGGUGCAGAAAUAAUGCCAUUCUCUUUGCUUGAGAAAUGGCUUCUUGAUGAGGCUGUUUGUCAUGAGAAAAUUAGUUGUGGUGGUGAUGCCCAGUUUUUCUAAUUUGGUUCAUUUCGUGACAUAUGGUACUCUGGAGUUUUUGCUUUCAUCGGUUAUAGGAAGGUCCUCAUCAAUCUUGCUUUGCCCUUGGUUCAUGGAGGCUUGUAUAUUUUACUAUUAACAUCAUUAUUAUCAUAGUGCUAUAUUAGUCAUUAGAUCCCUCGCUGGAAAACUUGUUUCCCUUGUGUAAAGUUGAUCUUGCAAUGAGAUCUUGCUUUUUGAAUUAAUUGUUCAUUCAUCUCCGUAGUAAUUGAAGUUCCAGUUGUUGAACUU